CCGUUAACCCGUUUCUUGCUUUUCUAGUUUUUUUUUAAAACAUUCAAGGUUGUUUUCUUUUAUUGUCGAUAAUAUUUGUUAGUUUAGAUGUUUUUUGCCAAUGGUAAUCAUGUUUGUGUUUUAGUUGCGGGUUAUUAUGUAAUUUUCCUCUUUUGUUUCGUAUUUGAGAUCUAAUUAUGAUCAAACAUAGCUGUAAUGCUAUCCGAUUUUUGGCCCUUUUAGCAAACCUUUAAGCGUUCUUUAGUUUAUACAGUAUUUUUAACUUUCUGGAGCUAAUAUCUCUCUUUAUGGUGCUGUACCACGAUUUUUUUUCCUGCUAAGAACUGUAGAUCAUUUACAGGUUUUUUGUUCUACGAGAAGUUUUUCAUUUUUUCAAAUGUUUUCUUAAUGUAAGUAACAGUUAUAUAUAUUGUAUCUUUUGUUUAUUAUUUAGGUUUUAAUGAUUUCCAUUGUCAAUACAUUUAAAUUUUCUACUGUCGGAUUUCUACUGAAGACGUAAAUUUAUCAUAGUAGUCAUCUUUUUGAUUUUUUUUAUUGUUUUGGAAUAAGUAUUUCUCUGUGUAUGUGUUUAGAUAUCGACGAAUGUGCAACUGGUAUACAUGACUGUCAUGUUAAUGCGGGAUGCUCAAAUACUCAAGGAUCAUUUAAUUGCACCUGUAAUGCUGGAUACAUUGGUGAUGGCAAACUAUGCAAAGAGGAUCGUUUUUUCACCCAUUCCAUUGCCUUACGCUUCACUGAAACAGAUGACGGCUCAGGAAAACUUGUUUUGCCAUUCGGAAUACCAUUAGGGACGAAACUCCAUACAGUUGUCUUUAUUUGUGCCAAUGGCAUCGUGUCCUUUUCAAAAAACAAAUGCCAUGUUCUAGACUUAUUAUUCCGUAACAGUGACAAUUUCCUUGCUCCAUUUUGGUCUGAUAUUGACUUCCGCGGCCAGUCUGAUAGACCGAUUGACAAGAAAGGGUACGUCUCUUAUGCAGUGCACCAGUCUAUUCAGACUGAUGCCGUCAGUGUGAGUCUUUUCAACAAGACAACAACCUUUAUUAGAGAGAAUGCAAAUGUUUCUACUUUCGCGCCUACGAUGAUAAUGGCUGUUUCUUGGAUAAAAGGGAAACCAUACCGUUACUAUCAAUAUGCUGAUAAGGAUGUGUUCGUUUCAUUUCAACUUAUCGUUGCAACGGACGGUAGAACAACUUAUGCUGCUUACAUAUAUGAGGAUGGAGGCAUGUUAUGGCAAGAGGAUUGGCUGAGAGCAAAAGCCGGCUACACUUUCAAAAACUCGUUCUAUAAAGAAACUGAGCUAAAUGUUGCGGGUGGGCCUGCUCUCUACAGAUAUGAUAAUGCUAUAUGCAACAUAGGGGUUCGUGGAAAAUGUCUUUAUUUGGUCGCUGACAACAUCGACAAUAGAAAAGCGGCAUGCUAUGCAUGGUAUUUCGCGCAACCCUCUCCCGGAUACAUCAAUGUCAUUAGCGGAUCAGAAGUAACUGACUGCCCAUGUAGUCUUAAUCAAUGUAGACAGGACAGAAGAUUCAGGUGGAAGGGCAAUUCAAACAAUAUUGUCUGCUAUAAACAACGAGUGACAAGCUUCUUCCUCCGCACCGCAAUAUCUUUCCACACACAGUGCUGCUUCGAUGCCAUCAGCGGUUCCCUUAUCAAUACUUACGACAAGAAGGAAGUCGCACCGUUGACAACAACACAUCUAACGGAAAAAUACAAUUAUUUGUUAUUGAUGAAUUCCUGGCAAAAUCGCAGAAACUCGAGAAAGAUUGCAGAGAGCGAUGACAAGAUCGCUCAUGACAACUGUUGCAUACAAUCUGGUUUGUGUCAUCUCUAUCAAGAAAAGAGACCAAUCCGCAAUUGCCGCUUGUAUGCGCCUGAUAUCAUCACUUGGAGUGGCGGAGAUCCGCAUAUCCAGACACUAGAUGGCAAAACCUAUACUUUCAAUGGCAUUGGUGAUUACCAGCUACUUGGUCUGUUAAACAGUAAUGAAUUCGUCAUACACUCGCGAAUGAGUCAGGCGUACAUUUCCCCGAACUCAUCAAGAAGUGCUUCGAGAGCAACGGUAUUUUCUGGUUUUGCUUUGAAAACCGAUUCUGGUCCUUUGGUUGAAAUCUACCUCAAUGUUUCAACAUCAAAAGUGAGGAUUUUCGUUGGAAAUCAAGAAUACAGUUCUACAUAUUUCAACACAGAGAGAAACAUAAAUGAAACGGACAUUGUUCUGCAAACUUCAGGAAACGUAACCAAAUUUAGUGUUUCAUUUGAAACUGGAGUUGGAGCGACCAUAGACAUAUUUGAGAGACUUCUAACAAUUCAAAUAUCUUCAUUGUCAUCUUUCAUAAACAAGACACGUGGUCUUCUUGGGGUGAACAACAACAAUGUCAAUGACGACUUCACCCGACCUGAUGGCACAACGAUACCGAUCAACUCGACGCAAAGUGAAAUUUAUUAUGAGUUUGGCACCAAAUGGAACGUAACCUUCAACGGAUCUUUGUUUACCCUGCCCGAUGAUGUUUAUGAUCCUACUUUUGUUCCGCUGUUCUUCGACGAUAUAGACAGCUUAUUCGGCAACAACACUGCUCUGAAACAAAAGGCGAUAGAAGUUUGUGGAGGAACAUCCAGUUUCACUUGCCUUUUUGAUAUGUCUUUGACUGAAGACUCUACUUCGACAACCGAAAGUCAGUCCUCUCUGAACGAUUUUGAAAUUGAAAAGAAAGCUCUAGCAACCUUUCCACCUAUCUUUACUGGUCCGUCCUCACUGAAUGUUACUUUUGGAAUGACCUACAAAUUUAGUUUGGCUGCUACUGGCAAUGGAACCAAGAACUUGACUUAUUCGUACGAAGCUAAUGGUACCAGCCUCUCACUAAAUAGCGCCACUGGAUAUGUUGAGUGGUUUGUGAACAGCUCCAGCUUUUCAGUGAAAUUUACAGUAAAGGAUGAAAAUAACCUCGCUGCAUUUUUAGGGCCUAAUAUCAGGCUGUGUUAUUGCUUGAAUGGUGGUUCUUGUGACUUUGGUACUGAAAAUUCUAUCGAGGAAGCUCCCAGCAAUGCACUGUCGUAUGGUGAAUGCUCUUGUCCCUCCAACGUUACCGGAGGUUUUUGUCAGACUUCGUUAGCUCCAUGCGAGGUAGAACCUUGUUUUGUCGGAGUCAACUGUACAAACAAUUACGUGAACGGGACGGCUGACUGUGGACCUUGCCCAACUGGUUACACUGGUGAUGGUCGAAAAUGCUAUGAUUACAAUGAAUGCUAUCACAAUGUUAGCCGUUGCAACCAGAUUUGUACAAACAUCCUUGGAAGCUAUAACUGCUCAUGCUACCCCGGCUAUCAGCUACAUAAUGCAACAUUCUGUGGUGACGUUGACGAAUGCACCCUGGGAACGCACAAUUGUCACAAUUUGGCGUCUUGCACAAAUACAGCAGGCAGCUUCAACUGCACUUGUAAACCAGGAUUCACAGGGAGUGGCACACAGUGCCAAGAUAUUGACGAAUGUGCUUCAUCUAGUACCAACUUGUGUGACCAAAACUGCCACAAUACAUUUGGCUCAUAUAACUGUUCAUGCAGACAAGGUUACGAUCUGAUUAAUGGAACAAAAUGCCAAGAUGUGAAUGAAUGUGCAUUGUCCAGUACUAACAACUGUGAGCAGAUUUGUAAUAAUACCCUGGGGAGCUACAAUUGCAACUGUAUGACAGGCUAUUUUGCAUUGAAUUCAACUCACUGUCAGGAUAUAAACGAAUGUGGCUUGGGCUCUCAUAGUUGCGGUCCUAAUGCCCAAUGUACUAACACAGUUGGUUCACAUACAUGUGCCUGCAGGGUUGGUUUCACAGGAAAUGGAACAAUUUGUCAAGACAACAACGAAUGUUCGCUUGGUACCAACAACUGCCACGCGAAUGCAACAUGUAACAACACCGCUGGGUCUUUCACGUGUGCUUGUAACAAUGGAUUCUUUGGAAACGGAACAUCAUGCGCAGACGAUGACGAAUGUUCUCUUGGAACCCACAAUUGUCACUCAAAUGCAACUUGUACCAACACUGAAGGCUCUUUCACUUGUUUCUGCAAGAAUGGGUUUACAGGAAAUGGAACAACAUGCUCGGACAAUAAUGAGUGUUCGCUUGGGACCCACAACUGCCACCAAAAUGCAACAUGUGCCAACACCGCUGGGUCUUUCACGUGUGCUUGUAACAACGGAUUCUUUGGAAAAGGAACGGCAUGUGCAGACAACGAUGAAUGUUCUUUUGGAACCCACAACUGUCACUCAAAUGCAACUUGUACCAACACUGAAGGCUCUUUCACUUGUUUCUGCAAGAAUGGAUUUACAGGAAAUGGAACAACAUGUUCGGACAAUAAUGAGUGUUCGCUUGGGACCCACAACUGCCACCAAAAUGCAACAUGUGCCAACACCGCUGGGUCUUUCACGUGUGCUUGUGACAACGGAUUCUUUGGAAAUGGAACAGCAUGUGCAGACAAUAACGAAUGUUCUCUUGGAACGCACAACUGUCACUCAAAGGCAACUUGUACCAACACAGAAGGCUCUUUUACAUGUGCUUGCAACAAUGGAUAUACUGGAAACGGAACAUCCUGCUCAGAUAAUGAUGAAUGUUCACUCGGAACACAUAAUUGUCACGCCAACGCCACGUGCACAAACUUGAACGGUUCCUUCACUUGCGCUUGCAAGAGCGGUUUCGUGGGGAAUGGAAGUGCUUGCUCUGACAACGACGAAUGUUCACUCGGAACCCAUAAUUGUCACUCGAAUGCAACAUGUACCAACACAGAAGGCUCUUUCACUUGUGCUUGUAAGAGUGGAUUUACUGGAAGUGGAACCACAUGUUCUGACAAUAACGAAUGUUCACUUGGAACCAAUAAUUGUCACUCCAAUGCAACAUGUACCAACACGGAAGGCUCAUUCACCUGUGCUUGCAAAAACGGAUUCUUCGGCAAUGGAACUACUUGUUCUGACAAUAACGAAUGCGCACUCGGAGUCCAUAAUUGUCACUCAAAUGCAACUUGUACCAACACUGAAGGCUCUUUCACAUGUGCUUGUAAAAACGGUUUUGCUGGGAAAGGAACAAUGUGCUCAGACAAUGACGAAUGUAAACUUGGAACACAUAACUGUCACAUAAGUGCAACGUGCGCCAACACUGAAGGCUCUUUCACUUGUACAUGCAACAGUGGAUUCGUGGGGAACGGAACAUCAUGUUCUGAUAAUGAUGAAUGUUCUCUUGGAACCCAUAAUUGUCACUCUAAUGCAACUUGUACCAAUACUGGAGGCUCUUUCACGUGUGCCUGCAAGAAUGGAUUUACUGGAAAUGGAACAUCCUGCUCAGACAACAAUGAAUGUACACUUGGUACCCAUAAUUGUCACUCAAAUGCAAAUUGUACCAACACAGAAGGCUCGUUCACAUGUGCUUGCAACAGUGGAUUUUCAGGAAACGGAACAUCUUGCCCUGACAACAACGAAUGUACACUCGGAACUCAUAACUGCCACUCUAAUGCAACUUGUACAAACACAGAAGGGUCUUUCACUUGUGCAUGCAAGAGCGGGUUCACUGGGGACGGAAUCUCGUGUGCUGACGUAGAUGAGUGUAGCAAUUCUUCAACCUGUCAUGCAAAUGCUACCUGCAGUAAUACUAUUGGUUCAUUUAUUUGCACUUGCGAUUCUGGUUUCAUUGGAAAUGGUGUCAGCAAUUGUGCUAACGCCUCACAAUGUGCACAGUUACAAUGUCAUGCUAACGGAUAUUGCGUCACGAAUUCUGGAAUAUCCUCGUGUGUUUGCAACAAUGGGUAUUCUGGCAACGGAACGUUUUGUACCGAUAUCAAUGAAUGCUCCACGAAUACGCAUAACUGUCAUUCAAAUGCAUCCUGUACAAAUACAGCGGGUUCUUUUAUGUGCCAAUGCGUCAACGGUUUCACUGGAGACGGUACAACAUGCUCAGAUAUAAACGAGUGUAAAUUAGGAACGCAUAACUGUGAUUCAAAUGCUGCAUGUACAAAUACUGCAGGCUCGUUCACCUGUGCUUGCAAUAGUGGUUUUAACGGAAAUGGAACAUCAUGUACAGAUACCGACGAGUGUGCUAUGGGAAUACAUAGCUGUCAUCCAAAUGCUGCAUGCGCAAAUACUCCAGGCUCGUUCACCUGUACUUGCAAUAGUGGUUAUACCGGACCUGGAACAUCAUGUGGAGACAACAAUGAAUGUACUCUUGGCACCCAUAAUUGUCAUUCAAAUGCAACUUGUGCCAACACGGUAGGAUCUUUCACUUGUGCUUGCAACAAUGGAUUUACAGGAAAUGGAACCACAUGUUCUGACAACAAUGAAUGUACUCUUGGCACCCAUAAUUGUCAUUCAAAUGCAACUUGUGCCAACACGGUAGGAUCUUUCACUUGUGCUUGCAACAAUGGAUUUACAGGAAAUGGAACCACAUGUUCUGACAACAAUGAAUGUACUCUUGGCACCCAUAAUUGUCACUCAAAUGCAACUUGUGCCAACACGGUAGGAUCUUUCACUUGUGCUUGCAACAAUGGAUUUACAGGAAAUGGAACCACAUGUUCUGACAACAAUGAAUGUACUCUUGGCACACAUAAUUGUCACUUAAAUGCAACAUGUGCCAACACAGAAGGCUCUUUCUCUUGUGCUUGCAACAGUGGAUUUACAGGAAAUGGAACCACAUGUUCUGACAAUAAUGAAUGUUCUCUUGGAACUCAUAAUUGUCACUCAAAUGCAAAAUGUGCCAACACAGAAGGCUCUUUCUCUUGUGCUUGCAACAGUGGAUUCACAGGAAAUGGAACCACAUGUUCUGACAAUAAUGAAUGUACACUUGGAACCCAUAAUUGUCAUUCAAAUGCAACAUGUGCCAACACAGAAGGCUCUUACACUUGUGCUUGCAACAGUGGAUUUACAGGAAGUGGAACAACAUGUUCUGACAACAAUGAAUGUACUCUUGGCACCCAUAAUUGUCAUUCAAAUGCAACAUGUUCCAACACAAAAGGCUCUUUCUCUUGUGCUUGCAACAGUGGAUUUACAGGAAAUGGAACCACAUGUUCUGACAACAAUGAAUGUACUCUUGGAACUCAUAAUUGUCACUCAAAUGCAAAAUGUGCCAACACAGAAGGCUCUUUCUCUUGUGCUUGCAACAGUGGAUUUGCAGGAAAUGGAACCACAUGUUCUGACAAUAAUGAAUGUACUCUUGGCACCCAUAAUUGUCAAUCAAAUGCAACAUGUACCAACACAGAAGGCUCUUUCACUUGUGCUUGCAACAGUGGAUUUACAGGAAGUGGAACAACAUGUUCUGACAACAAUGAAUGUACUCUUGGCACCCAUAAUUGUCAUUCAAAUGCAACAUGUACCAACACAGAAGGCUCUUUCACUUGUGCUUGCAACAGUGGAUUUACAGGAAGUGGAACAACAUGUUCUGACAACAAUGAAUGUACUCUUGGCACCCAUAAUUGUCAUUCAAAUGCAACAUGUACCAACACAGAAGGCUCCUUCUCUUGUGCUUGCGACAGUGGAUUUACAGGAAAUGGAACGACAUGUUCUGACAACGACGAAUGUACUCUUGGCACCCAUAAUUGUCAUUCAAAUGCAUUAUGUACCAACACAGUAGGAUCUUUCACUUGUGCUUGCAAGAAUGGAUUUACAGGAAGUGGAACAACAUGUUCUGACAACGACGAAUGUACUCUUGGCACCCAUAAUUGUCAUUCAAAUGCAACAUGUUCCAACACAAAAGGCUCUUUCUCUUGUGCUUGCAACAGUGGAUUUACAGGAAAUGGAACCACAUGUUCUGACAACAAUGAAUGUACUCUUGGCACCCAUAAUUGUCAUUCAAAUGCAACAUGUACCAACACAGAAGGCUCCUUCUCUUGUGCUUGCAACAGUGGAUUUACAGGAAAUGGAACAACAUGUUCUGACAACAACGAAUGUACUCUUGCCACCCAUAAUUGUCAUCCAAAUGCAGCAUGUACCAACACAGUAGGAUCUUUCACUUGUGCUUGCAACAGUGGAUUUACAGGAAGUGGAACCACAUGUUCUGACAACGAUGAAUGUACUCUUGGAACUCAUAAUUGUCACUCCAAUGCAACAUGUAGCAAUACAGUAGGCUCUUUCACUUGUGCUUGCAACAGUGGAUUUACAGGAAGUGGAACCACAUGUUCUGAUUUCAACGAAUGUCCUGUUGGAACCCAUAACUGUCACUCAAAUGCAACUUGUACAAACACCAAAGGCUCUUUCACCUGUGCCUGUAAGAGUGGAUUUACAGGAGACGGAACAACGUGUUCUGACAACAAUGAAUGUGUACUUGGAACCCAUAAUUGUCAUUCAAAUGCAACAUGUACCAACACAGAAGGCUCUUUCACUUGUGCUUGCAACAAUGGAUUCACAGGAAGUGGAACCACAUGUUCUGACAACAAUGAAUGCACACUUGGAACCCAUAAUUGUCACUCAAAUGCAACAUGUACCAACACAGUAGGCUCUUUCACUUGUGCUUGCAACAGUGGAUUUACCGGAAGUGGAACCACAUGUUCUGAUAUCAAUGAAUGUACACUUGGAACCCAUAACUGUCACGCCAAUGCAACCUGUAGCAAUACCGAAGGAUCCUUUGUGUGUGCUUGCAAGAGUGGAUUUACAGGAAACGGAGUCUCCUGUUCUGAUUUCAACGAAUGUCCUGUUGGAACCCAUAACUGUCACUCAAAUGCAACUUGUACAAACACCAAAGGCUCUUUCACCUGUGCCUGUAAGAGUGGAUUUACAGGAGACGGAACAACGUGUUCUGACAACAAUGAAUGUGUACUUGGAACCCAUAAUUGUCAUUCAAAUGCAACAUGUACCAACACAGAAGGCUCUUUCACUUGUGCUUGCAACAAUGGAUUCACAGGAAGUGGAACCACAUGUUCUGAUAACAAUGAAUGUACACUCGGAACCCAUAAUUGUCACUCAAAUGCAACAUGUACCAACACAGUAGGCUCUUUCACUUGUGCUUGCAAGAAUGGAUUCACUGGAAGUGGAACCACAUGUUCUGACAACGACGAAUGUACUCUUGGCAGCCAUAAUUGUCACUCAAAUGCAACAUGUACCAAUACAGUAGGAUCUUUUACUUGUGCUUGCAACAGUGGAUUUACAGGAAGUGGAACCACAUGUUCUGACAACGACGAAUGUACUCUUGGCACCCAUAAUUGUCAUUCAAAUGCAUUAUGUACCAAUACAGUAGGAUCUUUCACUUGUGCUUGCAACAAUGGUUUUACAGGAAGUGGAACCACAUGUUCUGACAACAAUGAAUGUACACUUGGAACACAUAAUUGUCACUUGAGUGCGACAUGCACGAACACAGAAGGAUCUUUCACUUGUGCUUGCAACAGUGGAUUUACAGGAAGUGGAACCACAUGUUCUGAUAUCAAUGAAUGUACACUUGGAGCCCAUAACUGUCACGCCAAUGCAACCUGUAGCAAUACCGCAGGAUCCUUUGUGUGUGCUUGCAAGAGUGGUUUUACAGGAAACGGAGUCUCCUGUUCUGAUAAUAACGAAUGUCCUGUUGGAACCCAUAAUUGUCACUCAAAUGCAACUUGUACCAACACGAAAGGCUCUUUCACCUGUGCUUGCAACAGUGGAUUUACAGGAAAUGGAACCACGUGUUCUGACAACAAUGAAUGUACACUUGGAACCCAUAAUUGUCAUUCCAAAGCAACAUGUACCAACACAGAUGGCUCGUUCGCCUGUGCUUGUGACAGUGGAUUUACAGGAACUGGAAUAAAGUGCUCCGAUAUUGAUGAAUGUGCACUUGGAACACACAACUGCCACUCAGGGGCAACAUGUACUAACACAGACGGAUCAUUUACUUGUGCUUGCAAACCAGGUUACAAUGGAAAUGGAUUGACAUGUAUAGAUAAAAACGAAUGUACUCUUGGAACCCAUAAUUGUCACUCAAAUGCAACAUGUUCCAACACAGAAGGGUCUUUCACCUGUGCUUGUAAGAGCGGCUUUACAGGAAGUGGAACUACAUGUUCUGACAACAAUGAAUGUACACUUGGAACCCAUAAUUGUCACACAAACGGCCUAUGUGCAAAUACCCAAGGCUCCUUCGCCUGCGCUUGCAAGAGCGGAUUCACUGGAAAUGGAACGUCUUGUUUUGAUAGCGACGAAUGUACGCUGGGGACGCACAACUGCCACGUGCUAGCAAACUGUCAAAAUACAGCUGGCUCAUUCACUUGUAGUUGCAAACCUGGCUACGGAGGAACCGGCAAGAUAUGCGCAGAUAUUGAUGAGUGUGUGGCCAAUCUGCAUAACUGUGAUGCAAGCGCAAAAUGCACCAAUUUCGCAGGCACCUUCUCGUGUGUUUGCAAAACUGGUUUUUCAGGAAAUGGAACGGCCUGUACUGAUAUAAACGAAUGUACUUCAGGGACGCAUAACUGUGAUGCAAAUGCUGCAUGUACCAACACCGCGGGAUCGUUCUCGUGUGCUUGCAAUAGUGGUUAUGUAGGAAGUGGAACGAAAUGUGUUGCUGAAACGGUUGUUAAAGCAAAAUCACAACUAAAAGCUUUUGCGACCAUACCGAAUCCGGUUCUUAAUGGAAGGAUUAUCAACACGACUGACGAUAAAGUGAAGAACGAUCUUGCCGAUCCAUCAUCAGCUCUUUACAAGGAACUUAACAAUACCCUUACGCUUGAACUAAACAGGAAAAUAAAGGCAAAAAGGAAUGACGUCAAGUCUGUAACUGUUAACGGUUUUGUGAUUGGCAGCUUGAUCAUUAACUUCACGAUAGAAUUUUCAACAACACCGACAGAGACUCCUGCAGAGAUAGAAAAAUCCAUCUCUGAUGCGGUCAAUGGAACACUAGGAGGAGCCUCUGUAGAUAAGGUUUUCGUUCAAGAUCAAAACGAAUGUGACCUCGGAACACACCAAUGCCACACAAAUGCAAAUUGUAAAAACACCUACGGCUCUUACACUUGCGCCUGCAAGUCGGGAUACACAGGCAAUGGCUUUUCUUGCACAAAGGAAGACAAGGACUACAAGGUUUUGGCCAUUGUUUUGUCCGUGGUUCUGCUCUUCUUACUCCUCUUGAUCUUCCUGAUCAUAAUCAUUGUCAGAAGACGAAGAAAUAAUAAGGCAGGGGAGCCAGAAUUUCCACCUCCGAGAGCUGAGAUCACCUUUGAGAGAAACAAAACCAUGCGAGCUCAGGCUGCACCUGAAGGUGCCAAUCCGCCAAUAACGGGUAAAGAGCAACUCGGCCGAGUUUCCCCAUCUUACUUUUACGAAAUUUCAGAAUAAAUAGAAUUUUCUCUUAUUCAAAGAAAAUAACAAACAACUGUAAAUUAUCAGCUAAUUUUUUUAUUUUUUUUAGAUUUUGUAUUGUGAACAAUGUACCUUGCAAUAUUUUUAUAUAAUUUUGCUACCUGUAAUUGAAUUUUGCUAAAUGUUUGCACUUUUGACGAAGCAGUAUUAAUACUGGAAUUUUUGCUAUUUAGUGUUGUUUUAGGUUUUUUGCCUAACAAUUUUCAUGAACAUACCAUUCAUAAUUAAUGCAAUAAUCAGUUUUUUAGCCUUUUUUGUAAUUUCGUAUGUAGAUUUUGCAGAUAAUUUUACAAAACUAACGAAUACUGUAGAUGCACUAUACGUGAGCUCCAUGAAAACUUUCCCUGGGUCAGAUAAAGCCCAAUAGAUUCAGUUGGAGUUUGAAACAACAAUAAAACAUCUUAUGAUAUAGUAUCGUUGCUUAACGAGCAUGUUUUCAGGUUUUUCUAGUCAAUUGAGCACUAGCAUAUAUGAUAUGGAAGUUGUAAACACCAACAUUGACAAGGAAUAUAGUCACACACUGUUAUUUGUCUAAAAUGGCCUGUACCCAACCGUUUGAAGAAUUACAUCUGUAUGAUUUACUUGAAAUGCUGACCUCACCCAAGAAGAUUGAACUCAUCAAUUUUUUGGACACAAUCAAUCAAUAAAUUUGAGCUUAAGUUAGUUCUACACUAAAGAUGAAUUAACAAUUAACGGUACUUAUUAUGUUGCCUUAGCGUUUUUAAAUGUUUCUGUAACUCAAUUUUUAGCCUAUAAAUUGCUUACUUUUUUAUAAAUAUGAAUGCAUUAUAAUUUUUUGUAUUUUCC